GGAAAUUUUAAAAAUGGGAAGCCAGCUUUCGAAACAUUAUUCGGUUGAUAAGGAAGUUCAUUGACUUGGAGGGGUUAAUCAUAUGUGGAGAAUACAUAAAGCGACGAAAAAGGGGCCUAAUAAGAAGCCUGUCUCGGUGUUCAUUUUUGAUAAGAAGAAAUGUGGCCAGAAGGUCGUGGAUUUUUUGAAGAAAGAUGCAGAUGAGCUCGCUAGAAUCAAGCAUCCAAAUGUACUUACUUUAGAGCAACAACCUUUGGAAGAUAAAGCAUUGGUUUUUAUUACGGAGCCUAUUGAAUACUCUCUCGCCUUCCUUUUGGAUAAUUAUAAGAUGAAAAAUUCCUUACCUGGAGAACUAGAAGUCAAGUUGAUCAUGCUUGAGCUUAUGGAGGCAGUUCACUUUUUGCAUAAUACUGCUAAAUUAGCUCACUUGAAUAUCACUCCAGAGAACAUUUAUAUUAACAAUGAAGGGAAAGUCAAGCUCACAGGUUUUAAUUGAUGUACAGACAUUACAGGAACAACUGCUUCAGUGGAUUUUAGAUACAAGACCUAUUGAGAUGGCAAGGUCGCAUUAGCACCAAAUCUAAGAUUUUGAGCACCAGAAGUUGUGAAUGAGGGUCAAGCAUCAGUGCAAUCAGAUAUUUUCUCUCUCGGAUGAGUCUUAUACUAUCUUUUAAACAUAGAUAAGGGAGAGAAAGCUUAUGUCCUAAACAUUUCAGAUACUUUCAAUACAUCAGAGCAUUCUGUUGCAUGUAGCGACUUGAAGAAAAACUUAGAGACAAAAUUCUCGGGUCUUCCAUAUGCUUUAAAGCAUCUUCUUACAUCCUGAUUAGAUUCGAAUCCUGCGAACAGAGGAACCGUGAAUACUCUCGUUGAAAACCAAUUUUUCCAAGAUCCUUUAAUCAAGACAAUCAAGUAUUUAGAAUCAAUAGAGACUAAAGAGCAUCAUAAUGUUGUUCAAUUCCUUACUGGUCUCUCAAGGAUCCUUGAGAAGUUUGAUAAAAGAACUUGUGUGAGGAAAAUUAUCCCUCUCAUGCUAAAAUGUGUGAACAAAGAAGAUCUCUCUAUUCUGAUUCUCCCAGCUUUCAUUAAAAUGAUCAAAAAGGAAAACUUUAUGUCCAAAGAACAGUUUUAUGAAUAUGCCUGGCCUAAUAUUUCUAGGUUAUGCCAAGCAGGAGAGCUACAGGCUCAAGCUCUGUAUAUUCUUGUUGAUAACCUUGAGCUUUUCCAUGGAUUGCUCCAUGCAAAAGACUUCCAAGACAUUUUAUUCCCACUGCUUUUAAAAUCUCUAGAGUGUGGUGUUCAUAAACUCCAGGGACUAGGAGUUCAAAAGAUUCCCUUCCUAAGUAAGAAGAUAGAGUAUAUGACUUUCAAGAGUCAAUUAAUGCCAAGAUUCCUAAGCAUUCUGACGAAUAAGGACAUUCCUCUAAACCUGAAAGAGCAGGGAUGCGAAGUGCUCAUUCAAAUCCUCAGUGUGCUAGACAGAAAUUUCCUCAGGGAUAAUAUUCUCAAGACCUUACAAGCUUUGAGGGACAGCAUUAAUGAACCAACAAUAUGCAUGCAUAUCCUAACUCUUUACUCAGGCAUUGCAGGAACAUUAACUCCAGAAGAUAUUGGAAACAAGAUCUUGCCUGGCUUAAUUCCGAUGCUUAUCAGUGCUUCAUUCACUAAGGUUCAAUUCAGUAAGCUGAUCAGUACAAUUAGAACUUUGAUCGACCAACUAGAGAAGCACAGACUUAAAGACCUUAGUGAGAUGGAUCCUCUUGGAGAUGAAGAUGGAUUAACAAAAUCAAAACAAAAGGAUAUUUUCGCAGGACUUUCUAGUGAUGAUCCCCUUGCGUCACUCCCUCCACAAGAGAAUGCAGGAGAUUUUGAUUUCCUUAGUCAAAUUGAGGGGACUGGCCAAAUGCAGACCCCAAAGAAAUCAGCUAUUAAAACUGCUAAUCCCAAUGCUACUCCAUCUUCAGAUCCUUUCUCAGGUUUUGGAGGUGGUACAUCUAAACCUGCCUUUGGAGCUCCAGCAGGAUCGAAUAAGAAUGACAUUUUUAAAGGAAUAGGUACUUCUGCUCCAAAUGUUUCUCAAUCAAAACCAGUUGGAAGUAUGUCUCUGGGAGGAGGAACUGGGAUGAAAUCGGACCCAUUUGACACAUCUUCUCAGCCGAUAAAAUCUUUAUCUAAACCAAAUAGUACUUCUGGACAAAAGAAGGACAUAUUCUCUGGCAUGGAUCCUUUCUCAGGUUCAUCUAAUCAAAACUUAAAUACCAAAACUGGCAUUGGUGGAAUGCCAUCAGUCCCAAUAAAGAUGUCAACAGGAUUUGGAUCCAUCGGAGGCGGCGAUCCAUUCGCAGAACUUGAGAAUGAGUCGAAGGAUAAUCAGGAUAGUGGAUUUGGAAAUCUGGGAGGUUUUACUAAUUCUACCUCAAAGCCAAGUAAUUCAUUCAACCAAGGGACUAAACCUCAGUCUAAUUUUGGAGGACAAAGUUCUUCAAGUCCCUUCUCUGAUUUUGGGUCAUCUGGAUCUGCUAUUCAAAACAAGAAGCAGACAUCAAACUCAGCAUUUGAUUUUGGUGGAGGAAGCUCAGCUGCUAAACCAACCUCAUCUUCAGGAUUAGACUUUGGAGGAAAUUCAUUUUCAAAGCCAGCAAAUAAUUCAGGAUCAGGAUUUGGAAGCGGAAGUUCUGCUUCAAAACCAGCAUCAAGUUCUCCAUUUGAUUUUGGAAGUGGCAGCUCAGGUUCAAAGCCAGCUGCUAGCUCAAGUUUUGAUUUUGGAGGAAGCAGUAGCACAUUGCCAAAACCACCCUCAGCCACAAACACAGGGUAUUCAAGAUCUUCUGAUCCGUUUGGAGGAUCAUCUGCACCUCCAGCAUCAAAUUUCCCUUCUUCAUCUUCAGAUCCUUUCGGCUCCUUGUCCUCUGGAGUAUCAGGAUCCUCGACUGCUUUCGGAGGUCCUCAAAAUACAGGUUUUGGGACAACUCCAGCUACCCAGAGCACAGGAAUGGGCUUCUCUUCAGGGAUAGACAUGAACAAACCAAUGGACCAGAACACAAUGAAUAUGAUGAUGAACAUGAUGAGCAAUUUUACGAAUCAAAUGAAUAACCAAAAUAAUAAAUUUUAAAUAAAAAUCCAGCAUAAU